AUGGCGUGCGAUGAAGUCGACAGACAAGCCCCCGCUGCUGUGCGGAAACCGAAACUGCAUGGCCGCGCAUUCUACGAGAGUAUCGGUUCUCCAAAGUACAUUGUUGCGCCGAUGGUCAACCAGUCCGAGUUCGCCUGGCGUAUGCUGUCGCGAUCCUUCAUGCCCGAGUCCGAGAAGUCGAGCCUCCUAGCCUACUCGCCCAUGUUCCACUCCAAGCUCUUUAGCGAACAGCCAAAGUACCGCGCGAAAGAGUUUCAGCCCACAAAGCCUGGCUCCGACGUUCCCUUCCUCGACGGCAACCCCGGUCUCGACCGGCCGCUCUUCGUGCAGUUUUGCGCCAACGAUCCGCAGCUUCUUCUUAGCGCUGCCAGGCAUGUUGCUCCCUACUGCGAUGCCGUCGACCUCAACCUGGGCUGUCCGCAGGGCAUCGCCAGGACUGGGCACUACGGCGCCUUUCUGCAGGAGGAUCAGGACUUGAUAUACAGGUUGAUCAACACUCUUCACGAGGAUCUCGAUAUUCCCGUCACGGCAAAGAUACGAAUUCUUGAUACCAAAGAGGAGACUCUAAAGUAUGCCCAAAACGUGCUCCGCGCUGGGGCGAGCAUCUUGACGGUGCAUGGGCGGCGGCGAGAACAAAAGGGGCACCUUACCGGAUUGGCCGACUGGCAAAUGAUCCGUUACCUGCGCGACAAUCUCCCACCGGAAACUGUUCUUUUCGCAAACGGUAACAUUUUGCAGCACGGAGAUGUUGAAAAGUGCCUCGCCGCCACCGGAGCUGACGGCGUCAUGAGCGCCGAGGGCAACCUCAGCAACCCGGGCAUCUUUGCCCCGCCGCCGCCACCCGAUCAGCAAGUUCGUGGCUACUGGCACGGGAAGGACGGCAAAGGCGGUUGGCGCGUCGACGAAGUCUUCCGCCGCUACCUCGACAUCCUCCACCAGCACGUGCUGGGCGCGACACCACCAGCCAGGAGACCGCUCUUCGUGCCAGGCGACGACACGGCUUGGAUGAGCGAGGAGAUCGUGGUGCCUGGCAUGCGGCCACGGGCAGACGGGAAGCCCGGUAAGCCCAAGAAACGCAAGAACGAGCUCGCGAGGGAGAACCCGAUGCUUCACUCGGCCAACUUUAGCGCCAUGCAGCCACACCUGUUCCACCUUCUGCGGCACAUGGUCGUGCGCCACCACGAUGUGCGGGACGCGCUUGCGGGGGCGCGGACCGGCGAUAUGGAGACGUACGAAGCCAUCUGCAGGCUCGUGGAGAAGAAGGUUGCCGAGGGCAUACUUGAGUACGAGCGGACCGGCGGGAAGAGCGUGGAGGAGGAGGAUGCUCCAGCAACUGCAGCUGAGCGAGGGAAGGAGGAGGGGCAGGAAGAUGAUCCUGAGAGCUCGGCACGGACGAUACGCGAGUGCAAACGCCCGUGGUGGGUCGUCCAGCCCGUCAUCAGGCCGCUGCCCAAGGAAGCCAUGGCCAAGGGGGCCGUGCAGAUGAGGAAGAAGGACAAGAAAAGGAUGGCAGAGGAGAUGGAGGCUGAUAGAGGGGAAAAUCAAGAUGUCAAGAGGAGCAAGGACGAGGAGGCGGACGACAAGCCUGCUGCCACAGAACAGCUUGAGAAGACGACGAGCUACCCUUCGAGCGAGUUGGUAAGUGGGUAA